CGUGCUGUCUCCACCGAAUCCGCUCCGAGGCGCACGUGCUUCCUCCUCGAAGCACCGGUUGAUCUGCCCCCUCACUCCCUUUUACGCCCACCGCCUCCGCCGCGUUCGCAGCAUCCUUUGAUCCAGGUGUUCACGGCUUCUCCUCCCCCGUAAACAGAAACAUGAGCACAGUAAAUGGGGCAGCUUCAACAGAGACACGCACAGUCCCACGGCUCAAUGAAAGGAUUUUAUCAUCAAUGUCAAGGAGAUCAGUAGCUGCGCAUCCUUGGCAUGAUCUUGAAAUAGGUCCCGGGGCUCCUGCUGUGUUUAAUGUUGUUGUGGAGAUAACAAAAGGAAGUAAAGUCAAAUACGAACUUGACAAGAAGACCGGGCUGAUUAAGGUAGAUCGAAUCUUAUAUUCCUCAGUGGUCUAUCCUCAUAAUUAUGGUUUCAUCCCUCGCACUCUUUGUGAAGAUAAUGACCCCAUGGAUGUUUUGAUCCUUAUGCAGGAGCCGGUUCUUCCUGGUAGCUUUCUACGAGCCAGGGCCAUCGGUCUUAUGCCUAUGAUUGAUCAGGGGGAGAAAGAUGAUAAGAUCAUUGCUGUUUGUGCUGAUGAUCCUGAGUAUCGUCACUACAACGACCUCAGUGAAUUGCCUCCUCAUCGUCUCGCUGAGAUUCGUCGUUUUUUUGAAGACUAUAAGAAGAACGAGAACAAAGAGGUUGCCGUGAAUGAGUUCCUACCUGCAACGACUGCCCGUGAAGCCAUCCAGUACUCUAUGGAUCUUUAUGCUCAGUACAUAUUGCAGAGCUUGAGGCAGUAAGAUUGCAAGCUUUUGGUCGAGCAUUUCAAAUCAUGUGGCGUUAAAGACUGUUGUAUCAUGACAUUGUUCCGCUUUGUGAACUUGUAACGCUGGAUUUAGUUAUAUCCACUUAGAUAGUUGUUGGGUUGAUCUUAAAUGUGCAACAAUAUAAUUAAGUUGUUCUGAGAGGAGGCAGAUGCUUUCAGUAUAAAGAAGGGAUAAUGACCUGGAAAACUUGGUGGCAGGGCAUUCGAUUGCCAUUUCUGCAACGCCCUCUCCUCCCGCCCUUUCUCCUCUCUAACCCUCUACCCCUCCUUGCCCUCCGCUGUACCAUCUGCUCCGUUUCCGCUGACUAUCCCUGCAUUUGCCUCCUCGCCCGCCGCUGGCUCCGCCUACCCCUGCCUCCUCCCGGUACCUCGCCGUCUGCAACCCACUCACCGGGUCACACCGUCUCCGCCCCCCGUUAGGCUCGCCAUGGUCACGCCGCGGCGCCCUCGUACUUACGCAGCUUGCGGCGCUGCCCUGCGCCCCGGGCCCACACCGUUGGCUCAAGUUCUCCCUCCCGGAGGCCCGUCAUGAUGGCCGGCGCGAUCUUCGCCGUCUGCGACGUGGCAACCCCUGGCCGAGACUGUGGAGGCUCCUCUCCUGCCGCCUCCUCGAUCUCGGCGGGUGCCGCGGCUGCUCGCGGGGGUGGGUGCCGACGCGUCUUGGUCGACAGUGUUGAUGUUGAGGCGCGACCUUGUGACUGUGGACUAGGACGAGGCUGUCGUUCUUUCAGCAGUGGGGGAUUGGGUCCUGCCGACCGCUGGGGCCAAUAAUAAGGUGAAGGUGUUUGGUGGGGAUGGUAGGGUUUGGUUCUCAGGGAGGGGGUCAGAGAAAAGUUGGUGAUGUGGGAGGAGGAGGACGACAAGGGUGGCUGCGGAGUGUAGAGUUAGGUCGAUGGCUUUACAGGGUGCAAUGAAGGGUUAUCCAGGGUGUUCGUGUUUGGUGCUGGAUUUGGUGCCGCCCCAUGAGUGAUAGCCAAAUUUGCUAUUUAUAUGGUUCUGCGAGCUUCAGUGUCUGUUAUAGCCCUGUAGAACAGGCUAAUGUGCAUGAACCCUGAGAUGGAGAGACCUGCUUUGGCAUCAGAGGAAGCUACUGCAGGAAGGUGGUGGUGCUGCUGCUUGGAAUUGGAUACCACAGCUUGCUUGUAUGAACAUGAGAAUCAAAAACUAAUCAAGAUGUAUAUAUUAUGACACUGGUUAACCAUUUGGUAAGCUAAUCCAUUGUCAAAGGACUACAUGGGGUGACAUGGAUGGCAUGCCUAUUUUCCGUGCAUAUUCUUCACAAACAUCACUGUCGGUGGUGGAACAUGCUUAUUACUUAUUAUUUAAGCUGAGCUUAGACAAAGCAGGAACUUUCCUUGAUCCUUCAUCUCCACAGAGAGGGACUGACAACAUCUAGGAAUUCCUGGUGGCUCAGCAUGCAUUCUGGCAUCACUGAAUGUCUUUGUUUCGCAACCUUUUGAGGGUUUAUUUAAUCACCUGUCUCUAUCGAGCCAUUAUCCAGGAAAGGGACGGCUCUUAUUGGUCGGCAGGAUGGAGAACCUCCUUCUGGAAUCGAUAUUGACAUUGCCAUGGAGAGGCCAGUCCACAGAUUCUUCAAGCCUCGUCUAUUCUGGGGAGGCCGAAUCAAAGAACAUUGCCCCAGAUGCAAGCAAUCAGGUCAAUCAUCCACUUGGCGGAAGUGGAGGCAUGUUCUUGAGCUGGAUUUUGCUUUUAGCAAAGCCAGGCACAAGAUCCAUGAUUGAUGGGCAAGAGUAUAAUACAAGACAACAGGAUCAUCCUCGCCUGAAUCAAUCAUGUCAUGCGUGUGAGACACUCGAGAGCCGGCCCACCAUGGAGCCUUCUCCUGCAGAUGCGAAGCUGGGGCUUCAGGGAACCAACGACAUGAAUCUUCGUCAGUUGACGGGUUCAAGGACCAAUUCCUGUCUCCUCAUCAAGCAGCACUACUCAGGUGGAACUUUUCCAAGGAAACUUUGAUGUCAACCUGUAGAAGAAACAAAUGACGGCGUAUAUAAUGUAGUCUAUAGCAGCCUUUAGGCACUGCUUAUUGGAAGAUUUUAAUCUAUCCAUCGUUCUAGGAUUUGACCUUUGUCAAUUAUUAAUUCCGAUGCUUACUUCUUCA